CGCGCAGCCCUCUGGGGAGCUCUUUUCGAGGAGGGACUUCGGAGCAGUUCAGGGGUUCUCUUACUGUAACCAGCUCCCCUGUGAAAGGUCGAUGUUCUCCAAGUAAACACACCGCAGUUUACUAAAGAGACAUCCCGGAACCACAAGUCGGAGCACCGCAGUUUCCUGGUCGACCUCCUUGGCGACCACUUCCGCCCAGGGGUUGGAAUACUCGAGGCCCUUCUACGGCGAACCACGAGAAAGGCACUUCCGGUGUCUGUUGCCAAGGAGCGGGCCGGGUGGGCCGUAGGGGCGACGUUCUUGGCGUCGUCCUCUCCCCCCCUUCCCGGGGGUCGAAAUGUCGGGACUCAGCUCCCCAGAGAUGGAGGGCUGUCGUAACCUGCUCGGCCUACUGGAGAACGACGAGAUCAUGGCCCUGUGCGACACCGUCACCAACCGCCUGGUGCACCCUGAGGACCGCCAAGAUGCCAUUCAUGCAAUAUUAGUGUACAGUCAAAGUGUAGAAGAACUUCUGAGGCGUAAAAAAGUCCACCGAGAAGUCAUAUUUAAGUACUUGGCAACACAGGGGGUUGUUAUACCUCCAGCUACUGAGAAACACAAUCUUAUUCAGCAUGCAAAAGAUUACUGGCAAAAGCAGUCACAACUGAAAUUGAAAGAAACACCAGAGCCAGUAACAAAGACAGAGGACAUCCAACUCUUUCAACAGGCAAAAGAAGAUAUAAAAGCUGAAAAAGUUGAUUUUCGUCGCCUAGGAGAAGAAUUCUGUCACUGGUUCUUUGGACUUCUUAAUUCUCAGAAUCCUUUGCUGGGACCACCUCAAGAUGAAUGGGGGCCACAGCAUUUCUGGCAUGACGUCAAGCUUAGGUUUUAUUACAACACAUCAGAACAAAAUGUGAUGGACUACCAUGGCGCAGAAAUCGUGAGCCUUCGUUUGCUAUCAUUAGUAAAAGAAGAAUUUCUUUUUCUCAGCCCCAACCUAGAUUCCCGUGGACUGAAAUGUGCUUCUUCUCCCCAUGGGCUGGUUAUGGUUGGAGUUGCUGGGACUGUCCACCGAGGGAACACUUGUUUGGGUAUUUUUGAACAAAUUUUUGGACUCAUCCGUUGCCCUUUUGUGGAGAAUACUUGGAAAAUCAAAUUUAUCAACCUGAGAAUUGUUGGAGAGAGUUCCCUUGCUCCUGGAACAUUACUGAAACCAGCUAUUACAUUUGAACAAAGUGAUUUAGAGGCCUUUUAUAAUGUAAUCACUGUAUGUGGUACCAACGAAGUGCGACUUAAUGUAAAGCAGGCAUUGGAUAGUGGAACCGGAGACCAAGCCUUAUGUGGUGGAAAUGAGGCAUUGCUGAACAAAAGAGAAAAUCAUCAUAACCUCUUAAAUCUAGAAGAGAUUUUGGAGACUAUUAACCUGCAUCAUUUGCCAUAUGAGGAAUGAGAAUCUCAGAAAAACUAGGGGACUAAGUCAUUCUAAACGUAUCGGAUUUCCAUUAUGGACAUCAAACCAUAUUAUGAACUGAUGAGGAAACAUCAUCAGGAGAUAACAUUGUUCUUCUCGCUAGGAGGUAAAUACUUGGGGAAAAUCUUUGCUGUGCCAUCUAUAGAAUCUAAUAUAGACAGUUGUCAGUGUUGGAAGAAGGAAGAAUGAUUAAAUGAUUUUAGUCAACAAAAUUUUUCUUUAUUACCUGUUAAAAUUAGUAACAGAUAAGCCAUCAAGGGACAUUACAGAUUAAUAUUUUUAAACAAA